AGGAGCUGACAAAUGAAAAACCUCUAAAUUACAGGACAUUCUUUGAUUUGAACAUUUCUUUCUUGAGAAAUUUGUUGGUGCUGCUGCAAUAAACCUUGGAUUAUUAGUAAUAGAAAAGAUGUUUCUUUCUACAGUCAAUCCUAACCCAGAUUUAAUCCUUCUCUCGCAAUCUUCUCUUUGCAACUCAAUUGCCACUACUUCCACCCAUGUCUCUCUUCCUUGUAUGCGAUUUCCGUUGUCGCUAUUGGGACACCAUUUUUCUGCAACGAAAUUGUCUUGCUUUGCUGUUUCAAAAAAAUCCAAUUUUCAAUCUGACCCAGUCUCUGGUUCCAAUAUCAAUUCUGAGCCUAAAAGAGAAAAAAACAAAUCCCAAAACGACGUAAUACUUCAACCAGAAGAUGAAGAUUCUGGAAGAGAAUUCCCAACAACAAAACCAAAGAAGAUAAAACGUGGCAGGAGGAGUGAAGUUACAGCAGUUGAAGAUUUUGUGCGUGAUUCCCUUGAGAGAACAUUUUCUUCAAUCAGGCAAAAUAAUUCAGAAAUUAUGGAGAACAAGGAAAAUGUGUUGAAGGAAAAAGUGAGCGAAGAGAUAGACUCGGAUGAUGUUGACAGUGAGGAUGACGAAGAGCAGAGUAGUGAUGAGAAAGGUAAGAAAAUGGUUGUUGAGGAGGAAAGCUCAAACUGGCCUUUAGAUGCUGAUGUGGGAUGGGGAAUUAGAGCAUCUGAGUACUUUGAGAAACACCCGAUUAAAAAUGUUAUUGGGGAAGAUGGCAGUGAGAUUGAUUGGGAAGGUGAAAUGGACGAUAAUUGGGAACCUAGCCCACUAAUUGUUCUCGUGUUUGAAAGAUACAACAGAGCAAGCGAUAACUGGAAGGCUUUAAAAGAACUAGAGAGGGCAGCAAAAGUCUUUAGGAGUGCCAAAGACCAUUUACCUCCUCGGACGGUUAAGAUAGAUAUGAACAUCGAGAAGGAUUUAGCUUACGCGUUGCAAGUCAGGGAGUCCCCGCAGAUUUUGUUUUUACGAGGAAAUAGAAUCUUAUAUAGGGAAAAGGAGAUUCGAUCUGGAGAUGAGUUGGUCCAAAUGAUAGCACACUUUUACUACAAAGCCAAAAAACCUUCAUGUAUGAAAGAAAUGUGAAGCUUUUUACCUUGAACUUAAUUGUUCAUGACUUUAAGCAAACUAUUUGAAAUGGCAAAUCUAUCUUUUGUUUUUAUAUGAAUCAAUAUACAAUCUUUAUA